AUGACUGUUCCUUCCAUCGUUAACUCGUUCAGCGAUGUGGCUAAUGACAAAUUUCGUACUUCUCUUUUAAACAGCGAGUGCAAUGACCAUAACCAUACCUAUGCUGUGGAUGGCCUAAACAAUGUCAUUACUAAAAGGGUUUCCAAACCAAAUACCGCCGAGGCACUUGCAAAAUCCCGCAAGAUGGUUGGCCAGGCAUUGUACGACCAUAUCAGUGCAAUCGACUUGGACACAUGUUUGCCCGAGGAGGAAGAAUCGUUUUUCGUAUGCGAUCUUGGGGAGGUACUCCGUCUCUACAAAAAUUGGUGCGAGAAGUUACCUCGUAUCAAACCCUACUAUGCAGUAAAGUGCAACAACGACCCAAAAUUAUUAGAGGUUUUGGCUACUCUAGGAACAGGAUUUGACUGCGCAUCUACCGGUGAAAUAAACACUAUUCUCAACUUAGGCGUGUCUCCAGAUAGAAUUGCCUAUGCCAACCCUUGCAAGUCAAUUAGUUCCGUGAGAAAUGCCAAAAAAGUUAACGUCAACCUAACUACAUUUGAUAACAGUGACGAAUUAUACAAGAUUGCCAAAUAUCAUCCGGAAUCUCGCCUACUGCUCAGAAUUUCGACCGAUGAUGAGUCCGCCCAAUGUCGUCUUUCAACGAAAUUUGGAGCUUCAAUGUCAGAAUCAUUUGACCUCUUGAGACUAGCUAAAAAAUUGCAGCUGAACGUGGCGGGUGUGGCAUUUCAUGUAGGAUCGGGAGCUUCUGACUUCAGCGCUAUAACGCAAGCAACAAAGGAUUCUAGCAUCUUGUUCGAAGAGGGGACAAGAUUAGGAUUCAAGAUGAACAUUCUGGAUGUAGGUGGUGGAUUUGUAUUGCAAACUUUUGACGAAUCGUCGAGAUACUUGCGAGAAGCCUGCGACCAAUACUUCCCGGAGAAAUUAUUUCCAGAAUUAAAGAUCAUUGCUGAACCAGGUAGAUACUUUGCUGCCUCAGCAUUUACUUUGGCCUGCAAUGUUAUUGCUCGGAGGAUGACCACACAAUCGUCGGAUACGACAACACCCACAGCCCAUGCCAUGUUGUAUGUCAAUGAUGGGUUAUACAACAAUCUGAACUGUGUUCUCUAUGACCAUCAAUUGCCCAAGGGAAAAGCUCUGACUAUUAAUGGCCGUUUCGUUUAUGAUUUGCAGUUCUCACUACCUGAAUCAGAAAAGAAGAUACCCGUUUCGAUUUGGGGACCCACAUGUGACGGUUUAGAUUGUAUUAGUGAGAUGACCUAUGUCUCAUCUUUAAUGGAAGUAGGGGAUUGGAUAUUUUUUGACGAAAUUGGUGCAUAUACUUCUGCGGCAGCUACAGCUUUCAACGGGUUUCAAAAGGAAUCCCACACUAUUUAUACAUGUAGUGAAAGUUUAAUAUAA